UUGUGUAAUACUGAUGCCUCAAGUGUGAGCGGCCUUUGGCUUUUCUUCCAUCACACAUCUCAAACAUAUUUUCACUCACUCCCUCCCUCCCUCCCUCCUCUAUCUCUCUCUUGCAAAAGCUUAUUAGCUUUUUAUAGCUCCAAAAGCAAAAACACACCGUUAAAUGCAAUGGCAAUUGACUGCAUCACAACCCUCACCAAUUCCAUCCCUCACCACCCACCAAAAGACGAAGAUUCAAAAAAACCUCUGGUUUUUGAUGCCUCUGUUCUCAGCCGCCAAUCAAACAUUCCAACGCAAUUCAUUUGGCCAGACGAUGAGAAGCCCUGUAUAAAUGCACCAGAGUUCCAUGUCCCACUUAUUAACUUGGGUGGGUUUCUCUCUGGUGACCCAGUUGCUGUAAAAGAAGCCUCUAGGCUUGUCCAUGAGGCAUGCCAGAAACACGGUUUCUUUCUCGUCGUCAAUCAUGGUGUCGACCCCAAACUCAUAGCAGACGCUCACCGUUACAUGGAUGACUUCUUCGAAUUGCCACUCUGUGAAAAACAGAGAGCUCAGAGGAAAGUUGGAGAGCACUGUGGCUAUGCCAGUAGCUUCACUGGUAGAUUCUCAACCAAACUCCCUUGGAAAGAAACGCUCUCUUUUCGCUAUUCCGCUGAACCAAACUCAUCCAAUGCUAUUCAAGACUAUUUUUGCAAUGCCAUGGGUGACAACUUCAAGCAGUUCGGGACGAUUUACCAAGAGUACUGCGAGGCCAUGAACACUCUUUCACUAGGAAUCAUGGAGCUUUUGGGCAUAAGCCUUGGAGUAAGGAAAGCCCAUUUCAAGGAAUUCUUCGAAGAGAACGAUUCAAUAAUGAGGCUCAACUACUACCCACCAUGCCAAAAACCAGACCUCACUUUAGGCACUGGACCUCAUUGCGAUCCAACUUCGUUGACCAUACUUCACCAAGACCAAGUUGGUGGUCUCCAAGUAUUCGUGGACGAUGAAUGGCGUUCCAUUAGCCCGAAUUUCAAUGCGUUUGUUGUUAACAUAGGCGACACUUUCAUGGCCCUUUCAAAUGGGAGAUACAAAAGUUGCUUGCACAGGGCAGUGGUGAACAGCCAAAUUACAAGGAAAUCACUAGCAUUCUUUUUGUGUCCGAGAAAUGAUAAGGUGGUAAAGCCACCAAGUGAAUUGGUGGACAGUUUGAGUCCAAGGAUAUAUCCGGAUUUCACAUGGCCUUUAUUGCUUGAGUUCACACAGAAGCAUUACAGGGCUGAUAUGAAAACACUCCAAGUUUUCUCCAACUGGCUGAAUCAACAAAAAACCCAGUUAGGUGAAAAAUAAAAAAAAUUGUUAUUGCUAUUGUUAUUUUGAAAAAAACAGAAGCCGCUAAAUGAAGUAGAUUGAAAGCUGGAAGAAGAAGAAGAAGAAGAAGAAGUAAAGGAGGACUUUGGGAACAAAGGCAGAAAAAAGUCGAGGAAAAGCCAGUUUUUUGCUUAAUAGCUUCAGGCUAGCUUUUUAAUGAUGAAUCAAAAGGGAUGACAGAGAGGGAUAUAAGGGAGCCAAUAAAAGAGCUGGAUUUCUUACAGCUAAUUUUUGUAUUUUUCUUUCAUAAUAUAGAAGAAAAAAAAAGGGCUAUUAAAAAAAAAAAAAAAAACUAUUUUACCUAUUUUUCUUCUUCAUGUAAAUAAACCAUGGACAGGGUUUUAUUUAUGAAUGCUUCAAGCGACAAGAUGUAUUGGGAAAGUAA